AUUUAAUUAAAUGUGACAGGCAUCAAGAAUUAAUGCAAAAAUUUUUGAUCGACCGAUGUCACUUCGUAAUGAAAAAUUAUAAGUGUUAUAACAAAAUAAAAUGGAAACAUUAAAUCGGAUCACGAACACAUUUGAAAGCGUAAGAUCAAAUAUAAAGAGUAAGAACUCUUCAGAGCGUCUCCAGAACCUAAAGAAAGAUAUCCAAACACUCACCAACGAGCUGGUGGUCCUCGGCAAGGAGAACCACGACCAGUAUGUGCGGUCCCUGGCCAUGGAGGGCUACCUGGCCCUGCUCUCCGCCAAAACUAUGCCUCUGUCUCUCAUCGAGAAGCGCAACAUGCUGCAGACGUCGUUCGAGAAACUCAAGCAGUAUGCUCUCAGGGAUGAGUGUCUCUUUAUCUUACUCAGAAUCCAGAACCUUCUGUGCUACUACUUGAUUCAGUUAGAUCAGAUCAGCCUCGCCCGCGAUAUCCUCGAAAGUAUGGAGGAUCUGUACGACCAGAUCAGCAAAUCGCAGCCAGACAAGUUCCUCGACGCUGAAGACUUAUUCACAGCCGAGCCGGUGAGUAAUAUCAAACGUGUGAAUCCAGAAAAAAUUGACAAGGUCAUCACAAACAACGUACAGAUGCAAGCAUUCCUUUACAACAAAAUGAACCUGCCAAACAAAUACACGCUCUACAACCACACCGCUCUCCGGAGACAACUGGAAAUGAAGGAAGGCACGCCGCAAGACUGGGCCCUGAGGACUGCACGGCUGGGCAACUACUUCACGUACCUGAACCAGAUCGGCAACGCGCGGCACCACCUGUGCGCCGCCUACCACGUGCUGCGGACCUGCCACGACAACUGCAAGCUCAUGCCCGAAGAGUUCGUGUUGCAGAAGGCAGAUUUUGAAAUCCACUUCUUGGAGUUGAGCCAUCACUGGGUCAAAUACGGACUGACGCUCUUCAAACUGUCUAAGAAGAAGAUUUUGAACAAAUACUUUACGCAACCGUCGACUGGUGCAGACCUCUGGAAGACAGUCGACCUCCUCGAGGAUAGACUGGACAACUCUGAGAAGCUAGAAGAGGAGAACAUGAAAGAUCUGGGUGCCGAAAAGGCUGGCAAAGGAGAUUGCACCCCGGAGAAACUGUUCACCUUCCCGUCUUUGGACUUGAAGGAAAUGGAGGGCAAGGUGCCGCUGGAGAACGUCUGCAGUGUCGAGGAUGCCAGGAAGCUCUUCGCUUUCACAUACAAGUGGCUGAUGAGAGCAAAGCACUACUACGAUUUUGAACAUCAUUCUGCUCAGUAUAUAUCUUGUUCUUUGCAGCUAGCAGAACUAUACGAACACUUGGCUUUCUUCGAAAGGAACAUCGACAAUCAGUACAGCAUCCAGAAGAGGCGCGCCAACGUACUGGAGACGCUGAACUCGCUACUGAAGACGUGCGACAACGUCAUGUCCGUGCAGAUCGACGUGAUCAGGGAGCUGUCGCAGGUCCAGCUCGAGCUGAUGGCGCUCAACCUACAGAAGCUGUGGCGCGAGGAGUCCCACACCAACAUAUUCAACAUGGACACGGAUGCGGACUCCAUCAUCAACUCGCUAGACUCGGAGUCCAACAAGACCUUGACAGAGAAAACUCUGAACACGUCCAGUAAGAACAUGUUCUUGAGGAAAAUGGAAGCAGCGACAUCCAUCAACGGCAAGCUGUUCCGGCUCAGCGGGCAGCUGGUGGCUCGGACCCCUUCUCAGCUGAGCUUCAGCACAGGAAUACUCAAAAACUGAUCAAUACAUCGAGCACGGAACAUGAACGACUCAGUCAGACAUCGACAUUAACAAGAGCGCCUUCCUAUAUAAACAUGACUGAAAACACUCUGAGAGACUUGUUUAUAUAGGCACAAACAUCUUACACAUUUACAAAAUAAAGCUGUCAUUAUUUCACAAUAAUAAAAUUCUCUUUUGUACGUUGUUGGUUUACAUUUUUAUGACUGUGUUUUCGAUUUAAUGUUGUGUUUCCAUAAACGUGAACAAUGAAA